AUUGCGGACAGCUUUCGCUUUCCGGUAGUCUGAGAAGUCACAAGUUUUGGCAGAAGAAGACUGUAAGAAUAUAACUUUUUCGUCUUUGUUAGGCUGUUAUAAUGUCUUCUGAAAAAUUCGAAGACCUUGAGGAUGAACUUAAAAAUCUCCAUGAAGACAUACGUUCGAAAAUAAGCAACAAAAUUCCAAGACUGACCGGAGAAUCGCGGAAGAGCGCUAUUCGGGAAGUCGAAAAGAACAUCGAAGAUGCAAACUUAAUUUUGGAAGAAAUGGAAGAGGAAGCUGGAGUAGCCCCAGCCAGUUACAGAAAUUCCAUGAUGUCCAGGAUACGCAGCUAUAGGAGAGAUUUUGAUAAACUUAAAAGAGAUUUGGGCAAACCCAAAGGACAGGGCAAUGUGACUUUUGCAAGAGAGGAACUGUUAGAUGAGGACCCAAUGGCUCCUCAGAAAAGCAAAGUGAGACAAGGAACAGAUAUGCUGAACAGAGCAUCAGAAAGUAUUGCAAGAUCAACAAGGGUUGCUGUGGAGACUGAACAAAUUGGUGGUGAAAUUAUUGACGAACUUGGAGAUCAGCGGGAAUCUCUUGUUAGGACAAGAGACAGGCUCAAGGAUGUUGAUCAGGGCUUAGGAAAAAGCAGAAGAAUUUUGAAUAGUAUGGCAAUCAGAAUUGCUACAAACAAGUUGAUCCUGUUAUGUAUCAUUAUUGUUGAAUUGGCCAUCCUUGGAGCUGUGGUGUACAUAAGAUUUUUUAAGAAAAAGAAAAAUUAAUAUUUCAUUAAUAUUUACACACUGUGCCUCACAUUCAUUUUACAAACUAAUGGUCAAUUAUUUUUCCAGUCCUAACAAUGUAUAUAUUCAAACACAAAAUUUUCAUCAUUGCUAAAAAAAUCACAACAUUGUCAUAUUACUAGUAGAAGUUAUGAUUAUAUCUUAGUAAAUCAAAACUUACAUCAAUCAAUCAAAAUGAGUGUGACACACAAAUUACACAAGGAAUCCUGCAUCAGACAAGUUAAUAAAACAGAACAAUUGAGUUGAUUUUUGAAUUGUAAUUAUCAUAAAAAAGAUUCCUUUCAGUUGGAGAGGAGGCUAUUGCUCGAGUUAAAAUUUUUGUGUAGUGUACAAUCAUUCAAGCAUUGCUGAUCUGUUACAUCAUAAACACAACAGACGAGCUGUGUUAGAAGAUCCUCUCUGUAUCUUUUGAGUAGUCUCUGGCAAAAUGACAAAUAACCUUCCUGGUGAAGGAAACCUUGAACAAUUUGGUUUUUUAGGGUAAAAAUACACAUUAGAAAAGAAGGAAAGAAAAUAAAAAUGAAUAAGGAAAAGGCAGGUUAAGGAUGGAACAGAUUGACAUGAUCUUAGAAUGAUCCAAUGUAAAGCAAUGCCCAAAGUUUAAAAUAUCUCCCCUUAAUCACUAUCAUGAGUUUUUAUGUAAUUUUGAAUAGUAUGUAAUUCUAACAAAUCCAUGCAAGGAAAUCUUGUGGAGAUAGACACAAAUUCAUGACUUAUUG